AUGAACCUCCUUACGGUGGCUUGUGUUAUUCUGAGUCUGUCUUUUGGUCUGGAGGCCAGAUAUAGUAAUCAAUACAGACCUGGUGGACCAGUCACGCCGAUUAUUGAGCCUAUCACUGUGGACCCAAUCAACCUCGGACCAUUUCCCCCCAACCCCCCUUCCACUCUCACCUGUCAAUAUGGUCAUCAGAUAGAUCAACAAGGGCGAUGUACCAAUUUCAAUAGCUAUCAACAGUGCCCAGCGGGCUUCUUCUGUAACUUCGGGCCCGCUGACGAGCCCGGGCCUUGUUGUCUAAGAAACAACCCGUGCACUUCAGGUGUUCCCUUACAGCUUGGGGGUGAUGCUGUGAAUUGUGGCAACGGCAGAUGUCCCACUGGGUACAGGUGUUCAACUGGAUCGAGUUAUGCCGUUUGUUGUCCAGAUACCUACCCAGGCCCCUCUCCCCCCGUUGACCCUGUGGGGCCCUGCCCCAAUGUAUUCUGUCCCGCUGUUAUCAUUCCUCCAGAGUGCAGAAAGGAGACCUUUAUAUAUAACAACGGUCGAAAAUGUCAGGGUUGUCCUCAAAACAUCUGCCCGGUGGACAAUGGACCUCCGCCCGGGAACGGAGGAUAUGUGGCUUAAAGAGUUCAGUCGUUCUAAUAAAUAUAUUGCUAUGAUUAUGCGUGUUUUGUUGAUAUUUUUCUGCUAGGGAACUCUUCUUAGAUUUAAUCUUUGUAAUUCAGAUCUAUGUUGAUAUCUAUUUAUUUAUCAAUUUUUGACGGAGUGGGAAUUUUGCAAGAGACUAUAUAGUAUAAUGAUGGCAUAGAUUCUAAUCUAUGAAUAUAGACUUAUAUAGAAAACGUCACAAAAAUGGAUUAUGAGAUUGAAGAAAAACACCUUCUACUUUAUUUUUCCAUAUAUUGAAUGCUGAAUAGAAUUUUUUUUUUAAUGUUAUCUUCUUUAAAAAAAGACACAAUAUUAUCUUGAAACAGAAUGUUUAUAGUAAACAGGUAUUUAACAUAAUAUU